CGUCACUCGUCACGGCCUGAGAGUUGGCAAAUGUUCCAGCAUUCACACCAAACUUCGACCUUCUGAUGUCGGGUCAAUAAGUUCGAGUUUUCUCACAGAUUGCAUCUCACGCACGCCUGCUUGAUUGACAAUCAUUGCCAAAUCAAUACCAUCUCUCCACAGUGUUUAAGCGCCGAUUAUAUGGCGCGGCAAGGCUCUUAUCCGUCUCUUUAUUUUCAGAGUUGCCUUGCUGUCUGCCAGAGUCUACCAGGCUACUGCCAGGGUAGUCCUUCGCUAGCAUUACACAGGAAGAUAUGACUACAGCACCUACAACAUCCGCCGGAGCCACGAAGCGGACGGAAUGGGAUUGGAACAGGAAGCUGGACAAGCUUCAGAGACGCUUCGAUGCGUACAAGGACAAACCAGCACCCGAUCCCGACGCCUCUGACUAUGACUCGCAAGAGGAAGAGGAAGAGAAGGACGUGCUUUGGGACAUACUGCGGAGUGCAUGCAAGCUCGUGAACAUGGGCCAGGCGACCAAGCACUCGGAUACACCGCAGAUCGUCCAGCAAGUCCAGGCAUUGAUUAACAAAGUCGUAGAGCUCAGCAUCAAGAAGCAUUUUGGGUAUAAUGGGCUCAGGAGCUUUGCAGACAGGCCAGACACGCUGGUUGAGGAUUCCAUGCACUCUUUCAUGGGACAUCCUAGUGGGGACAGGCUUGCGGACGCGAUGUCGAAUUUUAUGAGCUUUUUUGGAUUACCGGCAUCUCCACCGUCCGGGCGUACCAUUCUCCCUUGGACAAAACAGCAACAGCCUCACCCGGGAUCCACACGACUCUCGCGUUUCCGCACUGGCGUGGAGCUUCCUUCCUAUACAGAGCGCCCUCUCGCUACCGCUGUCCUCCAGGCCCGCUGCGAAGUUUAUGACGCUGCCAUUUGUCAGCCCAUCCGGAUGGCGCUGUCGGACAGCGGUGAGUGUCUCGCGGUGGCCGCGCACGCGGGGUACAAGUCGCGCGACCCAAUGCUGCUGUACUGGCUCCCGAAUGAGGGUCCGAACCCUGAGCAGAACUCCGUCGAGCCGCCGCUCAUUGAGCCGGGCUUGAACAUCGUACUCGACGACACGCGCAAGUUGAUGUUCGUCGAAGACAUCGACCGCGUCAAGUCCUUCUCAUGGGCGGACAAAUCGGGUGAUCCGGUGCAUACGCUUAACUCCUUCAGGUCGCACCGUGGCCCUCUCGCACUCUUGCCCAACGGCCGGUUGAUUCGAGGCGGCGAGGGAUCCGCGCUGUGCUGGACCCUCGACGAGCUCGAGACACAUGGGCCUGACUACCGGCGUAUUGGCGCAGGGGUCUAUCGCUGGGACAACUGCCUGCGCAGUCUUCCAUCUGAUGAGGACGAGGAACACAGCACAGGCAGCCGACCAAGCACGAGGAUAACCUUCGCGGAUCGCGGCUUCUUCCCGCGGAUCUUCCACCUUCACCAGCCCAGUGGGCACUUGCUUGUAGGCGAGGACCCCAACAGGGGACAUGCCUGCGUCGAGCUUGACAUGGAUCAUGGUGGUGCGGUUGCGGGGCGCUAUCUAGGCCACGCCGCCACGGUUGCCGACUUCUCGACCAGCGAGGGCGACGCAAAUGUCUUCCUGACGGCUUCGGCGGAUGGUUAUGCAAGACUUUACGACCGUCGGCAGCCACUCCCUGUCCUAACUUUUGACGUCGAGAAGCGCGAGGGGCCACUCUUCGCUGCGAUGCUAGUGCACGUCGACGGGCUCCCAAUCAUGUUCUCCGGCGGCCGCAAAACGGAGGGGAUCAAGUGCUGGGACAUCCGCGCCAAGAAGUGUAUCUACGAGCUCAGUACAGGAAACACCUCUGUCGAGGGCCUCGCCUGGUCGUCUGCACAGUCGACGCUUUACGCCGCCACAUCCACUUCGUAUCAGGACUGGAUCGGUAAUCACUUCAGCUACCGCGACUGCAAGGUGCCCAGCGGGACGGAUAUAUUGCCGCCCAAAAAGAUGCACAACAACCUGUACUGGCCCGACCGCGCGAUCCAUGUCGAGAAUGCGUUUGGGUAUGUGUACGAUGCGGGGACACACGUCAUGCUGAGGUAUUCGUUCAAGGAGCAGCCCGAACCCGACAUUCUGCCCAUUUACGGUGACGCCAGACCACUGAGCGAGGACGACUGGUUCUGAUCACUUCACUCCUUGAUCACCCUGUGCCAUUGUUCAUCGCUCGGUCUUGCACCUUUGUCAUCUGUAUCGUUCACACCACGCAGACAGUAAAACCGUUGUAUCUCACCCACAAAGAAAUACGUCAUAAAAACAA